UACGGGAAGUGGCGGGUCCUGGGCGCUUCUCAGCCGCGCUCAAUGAGAAGCGGUCCACGUCGGCUGUCGCUGCCGGUGCCUUUCCAGUGUCGGUCUCGGAGCACCCGCCUCCGCCGGGCCGGGCCUCGCGCUGAGAAAAGAUGACAGCGAUUAAGCACGCGUUACAGAGAGACAUCUUCACACCAAACGAUGAGCGCCUGCUGAGCAUCGUGAAUGUCUGCAAAGCGGGCAAGAAGAAGAAGAACUGUUUUCUGUGUGCCACAGUGACAACUGAACGCCCCGUGCAGGUGAAGGUGGUCAAAGUCAAGAAAUCUGAUAAGGGGGAUUUCUACAAAAGGCAGAUCGCCUGGGCCCUUCGAGACCUUGCUGUGGUAGAUGCCAAAGAUGCCAUCAAAGAAAGCCCUGAAUUUGAUUUACACUUUGAAAAAAUCUACAAGUGGGUUGCCAGCAGCACCGCUGAAAAGAAUGCAUUCAUCUCAUGCAUUUGGAAACUGAAUCAGCGCUAUCUCCGCAAGAAAAUCGAUUUUGUCAAUGUCAGCUCCCAGCUUCUGGAAGAAUCUGUUCCAAGUGGCGAAAAUCAGAGUGUAACAGGAGGGGACGAGGAAGCAGUAGAUGAGUACCAAGAAUUAAACGCAAGAGAAGAGCAGGACAUUGAAAUAAUGAUGGAAGGCUGCGAGUGUGCCAUCUCUAAUGCUGAGGCCUUUGCAGAGAAGUUGUCCAGAGAGCUGCAAGUGCUGGACGGGGCUAACAUUCAGUCCAUCAUGGCCUCAGAAAAGCAAGUGAAUAUCCUGAUGCAGUUGCUGGAUGAGGCCCUAAAGGAGGUGGAUCAGAUUGAACUGAAACUGAGCAGUUAUGAAGAAAUGCUCCAGAGUGUAAAAGAGCAGAUGGACCAGAUCUCUGAAAGCAACCACCUGAUUCAUCUCAGCAACACGAAUAAUGUGAAGCUCCUGUCCGAGAUAGAGUUCCUCGUGAACCACAUGGACUUGGCCAAAGGUCACAUAAAGGCUCUUCAGGAAGGAGACCUUGCUUCUUCCAGAGGCAUUGAGGCCUGCACCAAUGCUGCCGAUGCCCUUCUGCAGUGCAUGAAUGUCGCUCUUCGACCAGGCCACGACAUGCUCCUGGCGGUCAAGCAGCAGCAGCAGCGUUUCAGUGACUUGAGGGAGCACUUUGCCCGGAGACUGGCCAGUCAUCUCAACAAUGUUUUUGUUCAACAGGGUCAUGAUCAGAGUUCAACUCUUGCUCAGCAUUCUAUUGAACUGACUCUACCCAAUCAUCAUCCAUUUCAUAGAGACUUGCUCCGAUAUGCCAAGCUGAUGGAGUGGCUAAAGAGCACAGAUUAUGGAAAAUAUGAGGGGCUAACAAAGAAUUACAUGGAUUAUUUAUCCCGACUUUAUGAAAGAGAAAUCAAAGAUUUCUUUGAAGUUGCAAAGAUCAAGAUGACUGGUACCACUAAAGAAAGCAAGAAGUUUGCUACACUGCCUCGAAAAGAAAGUGCUGUCAAACAGGAAGCAGAGAGUCUCCAUGGAAGCUCUGGGAAACUCACUGGAUCAACUUCUAGUCUGAAUAAACUGAGCGUUCAGAGCUCGGGCAAUCGCCGGUCCCAGUCAUCCUCCCUGCUGGACAUGGGGAACAUGUCUGCCUCUGACCUUGAUGUGGCCGACAGAACCAAGUUUGAUAAGAUCUUUGAACAGGUACUGAGUGAACUGGAGCCACUGUGUCUGGCAGAACAGGACUUCAUAAGUAAAUUUUUCAAACUACAGCAACAUCAAAACAUGUCUGCAUCAAUGACUGAAGCAGAAGACGUGGAUGGUAGCUCGUUAUCACGACAGCAUAGUUCUGCCUCACUGCUGCCUGUUUCAUCUGAGAAAGAUAUGAUUCGCCAAAUGAUGAUCAAAAUAUUUCGUUGCAUUGAACCAGAACUGAACAACUUAAUUGCAUUAGGAGACAAAAUUGAUAGCUUUAACUCCCUCUACAUGUUAGUCAAAAUGAGUCAUCAUGUGUGGACUGCACAAAAUGUGGACCCUGCUUCUUUUCUAAGUACUACAUUGGGAAAUGUCUUGGUGACUGUGAAGAGGAACUUUGACAAAUGCAUUAGUAACCAAAUAAGGCAAAUGGAGGAAGUAAAGAUCUCAAAGAAAAGUAAAGUAGGAAUUCUUCCAUUUGUUGCUGAAUUUGAAGAAUUUGCUGGACUUGCAGAAUCAAUCUUCAAAAAUGCUGAACGUCGUGGCGAUCUCGACAAAGCCUACACCAAACUAAUCAGAGGAGUCUUUGUUAAUGUGGAGAAAGUAGCACAUGAAAGCCAGAAGACCCCCAGGGAUGUCGUUAUGAUGGAAAACUUCCACCAUAUUUUUGCAACUCUGUCUCGUUUGAAAAUCUCAUGUCUAGAAGCUGAGAAAAAAGAAGCCAAGCAGAAAUACACUGAUCACCUUCAGUCUUACGUCAUUUACUCUUUAGGACAGCCUCUUGAAAAACUAAAUCAUUUCUUUGAAGGCGUUGAAGCCCGAGUAGCCCAGGGCAUACGGGAGGAGGAAGUGAGCUACCAGCUUGCAUUCAACAAGCAAGAGCUUCGCAAAGUUAUUAAAGAAUACCCUGGCAAGGAGGUGAAGAAGGGCCUUGAUAACCUCUACAAGAAGGUUGACAAGCAUUUAUGUGAAGAAGAGAACUUACUGCAGGUGGUGUGGCACUCCAUGCAAGAUGAGUUUAUCCGCCAGUACAAGCACUUCGAGGGCUUGAUAGCGCGCUGCUAUCCUGGGUCCGGAGUUACGAUGGAAUUCACUAUUCAGGACAUUCUGGAUUAUUGCUCCAGCAUUGCACAGUCCCACUAAAUGAGCCUCAUGAAAGAGAAAAAAGAAACAAACACACACUGUCAGUACACCAACACUACAGAAAACAAUGAAGCAUUUGAGAAGCCGGACUCAAAGCUUUGUGUGUUACUAAAUGUCACAUAACUGCGUGGUACUCUGCUCCGGGUACUUAGGUGCAGAGCAGCAGCCUGGGGGUCCGUUUUCUUUGACCUCCAGGUGAUGUACUUAAGCAUUUAUCUCAUCAUCAAGAAAUGCCUUCAGCACUUUCCAGUGACAGGGAGGACAUUUUCCUUAAUUGCCAGCUUCCUGUGUUUGCAAGUGGCUAUUGUGAGUGGAACGGUUGGAGUAGGCCAGCACUCACUACUCACUGGUUGCUAACCAAUGAUGGAACUCUGAGAGCAUUAUACAGUAUUGUUUGUCCCUUGUCUAACAAGUGUGCAUAUAGGUAAGGGGGCUGAGAAGGUGGUCAGUUACCAGCCUGGAUUUUAAGGAUUAUGUGGCUCUGUAUAUUAAAAAACAUUUUUUAAGUUGA